CUUGCAACGCGAUGUGCUAGCGGUGAAACGCUGCGAGGUGCGGGAACUACGGGCAAAUAAACCUGAAAUAUCCUUUUUACCUUCCGUGGCUGGAGCAGCACGAACAGCUCCAUGUGGUCGUCAUGGGUGAUCGUUAUUGGUGCCAUUUGUAAAGCCUGUGUUGCGGAAAUUCGAAAGUAAGUCUCGGUAAAGAAGCGUACUUAGUCUAUUCCAGUAUUUGUUUCAGGCUCUUCAUAAAAGUACAGAGCGAUCGGUGAAAAUUACACAAGCAGUUACUCUCCAUUGAAAUCGGUGGCUGCGCCUUCCGUAUAUCGGUCUAGCUACUCUUCUCGGUGGCAGUGGCACUGCAGACGCGAAUCUUGAAAAACCAAAAAUGACCGAGCAGGAAUAAGUACUUGGUUACUCUGCGACCUCUGUGUCGUUUCAUUCGGUGAUUAUCUUCGUGCACAGUCGGGCCUUCGUUCUGUGUAAAGUAUCUAUCGUGAAGAAGAUGGCUGGCCAGAUAGUUCGUCGCGGUUUCUCAUCGUGUAUCAGUAUGGCUGAAGAUUUGAAAGCGUCUACGAUCGCGCUGAUCAGCGCAAUCGAACAGGAGGCGUCUACCAUGGACGAGGCGUUUCAGUACCUGUAUUACGCCUUCUACGACCCAGACCACGAUUUUGCGGAAGGUAUAAACUAUUUAUACGUCCGAACAAGCUUCUGCUCGUGAAGUAGAUCUAUCGUGAUCGUCUUUGUGGAUCGAUGACGAUUAGGCAUAAAGACGAGGACACCAAGAAAUUCAUCGAAAUGAAAAACCCUUUAUUCAUCACAGGUCAGCCCCUGGUGGACGACUUUCGCGCGAAGGCCGCGGCUUGGGAUGGGGACGGGGAUAACUUCAAAAACGCCCUCUACAACGCCUUGAAGGAAAUGCCGGAAGAAGCGACCAACCGGGACAUUGAGACGAAAGUGAACGAACUCCUCGGGUUGGACAAGGACUUGAUCGGCGGCUUCAUCUAUCCUGUGCAAAAGUAUCGUACUCGUACUAAUCGCAGUCAUGCAAGACAAAUUUCUUCUUCAAGCAAAAUCAGCAUGACAAAUUCCGUUUGUCAUGCUGACUUAAUUUGUAUUGCAAUACUACGAGUGCGAUACUUUUGCAGUUCAUAUCAUCGAGGGGGCGGUCGACAUGGCGUUCAACAGUUUCUUCGGAUGAGAUGAAGUCGGGUUAUUUUCGUCUUCAAAACACAUGUGAAUAAAUGUAUGCGUCAAAGAUUGGUACACAAAUCACCUAAAUUGUACAAUAAGCUACACGCGUGAGCCGCGUGUGGUCAAGUUAUUUCUAGUGUCAACUAAAAAAUGCAUCCAGAAUGUAACAAGCGGUAACAAGAAAGGACACCGUGUGCGCUCCAUUGUCAUUCAUUUGGAAGUUUCCACUCCCCGACGAACAAGAAAAGCACACGUUGAU